AUGGCUCGACCCCGCGUUUCGAGGGUUCGUAGUGAACCAGCACUCAUUCGGCGCCUCUUGUAUUUGACGCUCUUCAGCGACUGCACGACCGGGGCUUUCUCGCUUGUUUUCCACGGUAGAAAAACAGGAACCACGAAAAGCACGAAGUUGCAGCCAACAGCCGUUGACUUCGGUUCACCAGUGCAGAUUCAAAUCGAACAUUCAAAAAAUGCAGCUACAAUUCCUACAACUACAGGAGCAGCACAGGUCCUGGAGCCAACGGUACUAGUAGAAGUUUUGCUAAGUGUCGCGUCCACGCCAGCACAGCAUGAGCGGGGUUUGAUGCACCGAGCCGAGCCCUUGGCUAAGCGAGAAGGUAUGGUUUUCGUCUACCCAACGCCGGCAAAAAGAGUGUUCUGGAUGAAAGACACGUUGAUUCCCCUUCAAGCCACGUGGUGGGAUCAAAACGGAGUCUUACGCGAACCGGGAAUGGAGAUGCAGCCAGAGGACCUUUUAUGGACUACAAUUAUGUCUGAUAUUGGAUUCUGGAAUCCUUUGAGCAAAUCAUGAACAGAUCAAUGUUCUUACCUUGUUGGGACGGUAGGGAGAGUUCAUGAACAACUCAGUGCAAUUUUGCUAUUUUACGUUCAGGAAGUAUCUAUGCUGUAGAGUAUAAGUACAAAAGUCGUGCGUCUGAGGAUCUUCUUAACACCAGCAUUUCUUCCCGUGCUUCCCACUUCCUUGUUCCUUAGGUAAUUUCGCUUUCAUGUACAACUUACGUGUGGAGCCUGAGCUCAGAUAUCGUCUACGGAAUCGAAUUCCCGCCACAUUUUCUCGCAGAUGCCGGUCUCAACGAUCCUGGGAACGUGAGAAUAGUAAAUCUUGAUGCCAUCAAAAACGUUGUGCAGUCCCGUGGAGGUGCCGCCAAUGGGCUGCGAUAA